AUGGCACCCUCCGACGAGGAGAAUACACGUCAGAAAGCACAGGACGACGCGAACCCGUUCAUUGCCUUCCGCCGAUUUGCCGACGACCAGAUGUCGACUCUCAUGAACGGUGUCUUCAGUAUAUCCUCACUGUUUGCAUCUCCUUCGACCACUCCUCGCCGCUCAGUUCAGGACUACGAGAAAUGGUUACAGGAGGCACGAGAGUCAUCACAAUGCCUUGCCCGCGAAGCAGAUGAAGCGGGGAGGAUCAUGGACGUGUAUACAAGAGCCCACAAGGAGGGUCAGCAUGCUAUCCAGGGAGACAUCCAGGAGCCCACUAGUUGUGACGACAGUGAACUUCGGAGAUGCCCUUACAGACCGACUGAGCAGGAGGGACUUCCGUUGGAGAAGCCAGGCCUUAACAUUUGCCUCAUGGACGAUGCUACCCGCUCUUAUCUCUCACUUGCUACCUUCAGCCUAUGUCUCCCAAGUAACAUUCUUACUGCUCCAGUGCUUGGGGAGCAGCUGCCCUCUGUUCCAAUAGCUUACCUACUUUACAGCCCAUAUUCGCCUGUGCGGCUCGAGCAGCAACCCCAUCUUUGCGAUCACGGCGCCAAGUGGAGAGAAGCGUUCGAGGAUCUGCUAGCUGUGCAAAAUGGUCAGGAACUACCACCUAAGUGCUCGCAGAGAAUGCCGGAAAGCAGCGUCGACUGGGUGAGAGGAAUGAUAGAUUUGGCAAUAUGCAAACAAGUAGAAGAUACCGAGGAAUCGAGCAGUGCUGCUGGCAAGACGUCAGAGGCUACAAACCAGGAUCUCGGACUUCUGUCACGCUUUACCAACGCAAGGCAGCCGGAGAAUGACGCUGAUGAGGAAGAAGACGCGGACAAUGAUGAUCUCGAUGAGGAACGUGAUGCUGGGGUUACGGAAUUGGACGUGUACGACAGAUUCUUUGGCUCUCAGCGGCCAACAUCACAGGGUACUGCCAGGGCCGCCGCUCGACGCUUUGCACAUCUCCAACAGGACUCCUCUCCGUCCGACACAGACACUAGAAACCCGAGUAUACUCUCCACCCUCACCACUACGGAGCGGACUACUCUCCAAGACGGUAGCGUACACACCAAGGUUGUGCUCAUAAAACGCUUCUCGGACGGGCGCGAAGAGAACACGGAAACAGUACAACAUCAGAAUGCUGUCCGCCAGACACAUGAUGCUGCGUCAAAGUCUAUCAAAGGUGAGGAUGUUAGGAACACUGGGAAGGACAGGGAGACCAAAGUGAACAAACCUAGCGGCUGGUUUUGGUCCUAG